AUGACGUACUAUGAAGACCAGGAGCCUGAUGACUCUGAGUACAGCUCGCAGCCCAUACAGAAGUCGAAGGUUUCCUCAAGAAAGGUAGUGCGCGAGUUCUGGAUAGAGAAAAUCAUGGAGAGCCCUCGGAUAUUUGUCCUGCACAACUUGUUAAGUAAGGAGGAGUGUGAAAACCUCAGGGACCUUGGGAUAGCGAGGGGUAUGAAGAGAAAUGCUCAGUCUCCUGUCCUUGGCGAUGAUCCUCGGAAGCACGAGGUUGCAACGCUAGACUUCAAUGAGAAUGAUUUUGUCCGUCGCCUUGAAGACAAGCUCGCAAAUCUUACCCGAACCAGCUCGUCCCACGGGGAGGCGUUCCAAAUCAUCCGAUACGCCCAGAGCGACUUCUAUCCAGAGCACGUGGAUUACAUCGAUCCGGCAAAGAGCGAUUUGUUGGGGAAAGGCAAGAGCGAGAUAGCGACAGUGAUCAUCUACUUGAAGAGCGCAGACUCGGGAGGUGAAACCUUCUUCAACUCGGUGAACACCAAGAUCACGGUUGCUUCCGGGGACGCCAUCUUGUACACGGAUAGCCCGAUCUGCGUGCUGGCGACUGAACUUGCAUGACAGGUUGUGGAACAUCAAGAAGGACUUGACG